GCCGAGGUCCGGCAGUGCCUCUAAUGAGUCCCCCAUGGGGAGAGUGUCCACUGUCCGGCCUCGCCUCUCGUAACUAGGACCCAACAGCCAUGCGUUCGGUCUCUUUGCAAUGAUUUCGUGACACUGACUUGCACAGUAGCUACACCAACAGUAAACACGUCUUUUUAGCAUGCUCUCCGAGGACCAGCCAGUUGAAACCAUUCUCGAGGGCAUCGAUGCAGAGAUGGGCAGCCAGCCCAAGGUUAUCCUCUUCGACAUAGGCGGCGUCGUCGUCGUCUCCCCCUUUCAGGCAAUCCUAGACUAUGAGCUCAGUCUCGGGAUCCCACCAGGCUGGGUCAACUACUCCAUCUCCAAAACGUCUCCCAAUGGCUUUUGGCACCGCCUAGAAAGGGGCGAGAUCCCCCUAGACACUGCCUUCACAGAGGGAUUUUCCAAGGACUUGCACCGCCCAGACCUAUGGGAGGCAUUCUACAAGGACCAGCGGGCCAAGGAUCCGCGGUUACCGCAGUCGACGCCGCCUGUACCUAGUCUCGAUGCAGACUUGCUGUUCAACGACAUGAUGUCUUCAGCUGUUGGCCCCGACCCUUGGAUGUACCCGGCUCUGAAGACCCUCAAGGCCAGCGGGAAGUUUCUUCUCGCUGCACUGAGCAACACGGUCAUUUUCCCACCGGGACACAAGCUUCACCGGCCAGACCUCUCCUCGGACCCGAUCAGGAGCAUCUUCGACGUCUUCAUAUCUUCCGCCCACGUCGGCCUCAGGAAGCCCGAUCCUAGGAUCUAUGAGCUCGCCGUGCGAGAGGUGGACAAGUUCGCCAGAGCAAAUAAGGAUUCUACGAGAGGGAAAUCACUGGGCUGGAAGGACGGCGUCAAGCCGGGAGACGUCCUCUUCCUUGACGACAUUGGCCAGAAUUUGAAGUCGGCUAGCAAGGCAGGGUUCAGAACAAUCAAGGUCAACCUGGGCAGGGCUUUCGAAGCCGUAGAAGAGCUGGAGGGCGUCACUGGUCUGGCACUUGCUGGUGAUCAUCCAAAGAUUCCAAUAAAGCCGAAGAUAAAGAGCUCAAACCGAGCGAAGAUAUAGAUUCAUCAAUGAACAAAGAGCUGCGGAGAACUCGCAUGCCACGUUGCUUCUCAAGGCCUCCGCGCAACGUACACGUAGGACACAUC